ACCAACACAACCGCUCACCUGGGCCAUCAUGGCUGCUAACAACCUGCCUGCAGAUGAGGAAGAAUUCAGGAACUUUUCCCAGGAUGAGAUGGAAGAAAUGAAAACAACAUUUGAAGCAGGAAACCUUGAAGCUGUAGCAAAGAAAUUGCAAGAGAAGCUGGAGACGUUAGAUAAGAUUCAACUUCACAUUGCUGUCACUGGGGAGACAGGGUCUGGAAAAUCAACCUUUGUCAAUGCCAUCCGGGGCCUUGGGGAUGAAGAUGCAGGUGCUGCUAAGACUGGGGAAGUGGAAACAACGAUGCAGCCAGAGUCUUAUCCACACCCCACCCUCCCGAAUGUUACAAUCUGGGACCUGCCUGGUAUUGGAACUCCCAACUUCAAAGCAGACGAAUAUCUUGAGCAGGUGAGUUUCCAAAAAUAUGACUUCUUCAUCAUCCUCACUGCCAGCCGGUUCACUACUCACCACACCCAGCUCGCCCAGGAAAUUCAGAAAAUGAAAAAGAGGUUUUACUACGUGCGCUCCAAAGUGGAUGCUGAUUUGUAUGCAGCUCAGAAGCGCAGACCCAGAACCUACAACGAGGAGGAAAUCCUGCAGAAGAUCCGCAAUGACUGCAUCGAGAACCUAAAGAGAGGGGCAGGUGAGCUUUCUCCACGGGUUUUCCUGAUCUCCAGCUGGGAUCUCGCCAAGUACGAUUUUCAUCUGCUGCAGCAGGCACUAGAGGAUGAUCUGGAUGUUGAAAAGAAACGAGCCUUCAUCCUUGCCCUGCCCAACAUCUCAGCACAGAUCCUGGAAAAGAAGAAAGCUGCAUUUAAGAGGGAAAUAUGGAAGUUGGCCCUGCUGUCAGGGGCUAUGUAACUGCUGUUCCUGUCCUAGGUCUCUCUAUUAUUGCUGACAUAGCCAUACUGGAGGUAAACAUGAGACGUUACUGCCAGGCUUUUGGCUUGGAUGAUGCUGCCCU